GGUUGGGACAAUGAAGUGGGAUAUUUGUCUGUUCCAGUUGUACAAUGGACACUACAGAGUUCCGGAGGAGAGGGAAGGAGAUGGUAGACUUGAUAGCAGGUUACCUGGAGAACAUCGAGCAGAGGACGGUGUACCCCAACGUGGAGCCUGGGUACCUGCGGUCCCUCAUCCCUGAGGAGGCCCCUGAGGAGCCUGACACCUACGAGGACGUGGUCAAAGACAUUGAGAGGGUCAUCAUGCCUGGGGUGACCCACUGGCACAGCCCGUACUUCUAUGCCUACUUCCCCACGGCUAACUCCUUCCCGGCCAUGCUGGCAGACAUGCUGUCUGGAGCUAUUGGUUGCAUCGGAUUCUCCUGGGCUGCCAGCCCAGCGUGUACAGAGCUGGAGACAGUCAUGAUGGACUGGCUGGGGAAGAUGCUCAAGCUGCCAGAAGACUUCAUCGCCGGGACACACGGACAAGGAGGAGGCGUCAUCCAGGGUACGGCCAGUGAGGCAACUCUUGUGGCUCUCCUAGCUGCCCGCUGCAGGGCGGUCAGAAUGAUCCUGGCCAGUGACCCACAACGUCCAGAGACUGGCAUUACCUCCAAACUGGUGGCCUACUCCUCUGACCAGGCUCAUUGCUCGGUGGAACGAGCAGGUAUGAUUGCCGAAGUGAGGAUGAAGAAGAUUCCAACGGAUCAGUCAGACAAGUAUGCUGUCCAGGGAGAGACCCUCCGGAGAAUGAUACAUGAAGACAAGGCUGCAGGACUCAUCCCCUUUUACUUCUGUGCUACUCUUGGGACCACUCCCUCAUGUGCAUUUGAUCACAUUACUGAACUUGGGCCCAUAUGUAACGCAGAGAAAAUCUGGAUGCACAUUGAUGCUGCAUAUGCUGGGAGUUCCUUUAUCUGUCCUGAAUUCAGACCUCUGUUGAACGGCAUUGAGUUUGCAGACUCUUUCAAUUUCAACCCACACAAAUGGCUGUUGGUCAACUUUGACUGCUCUACAAUGUGGGUGAAGAAAAGAUCUGAUCUCAUUGGGGCCUUCAAGAUGGAUCCUCUAUACCUGAAACAUGAUCAUCAAGAGUCAGGAAUGAUCACAGAUUACAGGCACUGGCAGAUUCCACUGGGCCGAAGGUUCCGCUCUCUCAAGAUGUGGUUUGUGUUCCGGAUGUAUGGGCUCAAAGGCCUUCAGGACUAUAUCCGUAAGCAUGUGGAGUUGGCCAAAGAGUUUGAGAGCCUGGUUCGCGCUGACCAGCGCUUUGAGAUCAGCGCAGACGUCGUCUUGGGGCUGGUCUGCUUUAGACUAAAGGGUUCCAAUGAGGUUAAUGAGACCUUGCUGAAGAGGAUCAACAACGGCAGGAAGAUCCACCUGGUGCCGUGCCUGCUGUCUGGUCAGUUUGUGCUGCGCUUCGCCCUCUGCGCCCGCACCACCGAGUCACGUCACAUCCGUGAGGCCUGGCGACUCAUCACACAGCUGGCCGACGAGGUCAUGCAGGAGCUGCCCCACUGACCAUCCACAUUGACUAUACAGGCUGGGUUGGACCAGGAGCUGUAUGUAUCAAGCAGUAUUUCAGAGUAAGAGUGCAGGUCUAGGAUCAGGUCCCCCCCCUGUCUAUUCAUCAUAAUCUAAAAGGCUAAACUGAUCUUAGAUCAGCACUCCUACUCUGAGAUGCUUGAUGAAUAAGGGCCCUAACCCCACCUGACCAUGGCCGGUAUUCAAAAAGCAUCUCAGAGUAGGAGUGUCCAUGUUAUCUUAUUCCUUAUGAAGUAAAAGGCUGAACUGAUCAUAGUUCAGCACUCCUACUCUGAGAUGCUGUAUGAAUACAGGCCUGGAUCUCACUCAGUGGAGGCUGCUGAGGGGAGGACGGAUCAUAAUAAUGGCUGGAACGGAGGGACUGGAAUGGCAUCAAACCAUGUGUUGAUGUAUUUGAUACCAUUCCACCGAUUCUGGUAGCGGAAUCGGAGUUCUACCGGAGUUCUACCAGAGUUAUGCUCUGACCCCACACCAGUGUGCUAAAUGAGAGAGGCCAGGCUAGAGACGGGCACCACCUCCCUCAGGGCUCUGUGUAUGCCCCGCCUGCUCCUCCAACCCCUCUCCACCCUCACCCACCCUGCCCUGUCCCCUCUCAACCAACUGUUCAUCCAAAUCACUUUAGAGAAAGGUCAGCGUGCUAAAAAUACAGGCAAGGACUUAGUAUGAGUAGGGCUUUAUCUUGUCUGGGGUUUAUCUAGGCUCUGAUCACUCAGCUGUGUUUACCUGCUCUAGUGGAGUGAUUAGUAGAGGUAUUCAAUUCAGUACAACAUUAUUUAUCCCCUUAGGGGCAUAUUGAUUAAAACAUUGGUGUAGUCUAGGUCCCUAAAACAAGAUUUAAGAGUUGGAAAACAUUGUAUGGUUUAGCACCAUUAUACAGUAAAUAGAGAUAUAAAAAGUUAGUGUCCCACUUGCUGUUUGUCUGAAGUAUUGCCUUCCAAGGUUUGAGCUGUUCACUGUUUUCAUGAAGACCAAAAAAUAAGUACAACAAUGAACAGCUUGUUGACAUUAUGCCGAAGAGAGAAACAGGUAUUGUAUACCAGAGAAACAGGUAUUAUACCAGAGAAAUGGGUAUCUUAUACCAGAGUUGGGGCCAUUCCCAUUUCAAUUCAGUCAAUUUUGAAAGUAAACUAAAAUUCCAAUUCCAAAAUGUUCUCAUAAAGCAUUGAGAAAAAAAACUUGUAUUCCAUAAUGGACUGAAUUAAAAAGGAAUUGACCCCAACCCUGGUUCAUAACCAGCAUUGUCCUGAACAUCAUAGAGAUAGAAAAAGUUAUUGUCACACUUGCUGUUUGUCUGAAGUAUUGCCUUCCAAGGUUUGAGCUGUUCACUGUUUUCAUGAAGACCAAAAAAUAAGUACAAAAAUGAACAGCAUGUUGAGAUUAUGCCAAAUAGAGAAACAGUUAUCGUAUGCCAGAGACACAGGUAUCUUUUAUACCAGAGUUGGGGCCAUUUCAAUUCAGUCAAUUCUGAAAAUAAACAAAAAUUCCAAUUCCAAAAUGUUCUCAUAGAGAAGCAUUGAGAAAAAAAAAAAUCAUAAUCCACUGAAUUAAAAAGGAAUUGACCCCAACCCUGGUUCAUAAGCAGCUUUGUCCUGAACAUCAUAAUAACCCAUGAGACACAUGAGGAGACAAAUAGGAGCUCUUAUGGGAGCAACAGUUAAAACACUUACAGUAGGCCUUUGCCCUGAAGUGCAUGAAUAAAAUAUUCAGACAAAAGUUAAUGUCUCAGUUGAUUUGAAGAGACACAAAAACAAUAUGUACCUAGCUUCACUUAAUGCCCUCUGCAGUAGCAGUGAGCCAAGGAGGAAUUGACUUGAGAGGGUCUCUCCUUACGAAGGUAAUAUGAAUGUGUUUCAAAUGUGUGCUUUACUGUAUGCACAUCAUGUGAUGUUUCUGUUGGGCUGUUGGAUAAACAAACCAGUUGAAUUGGAUUAGACCUUUAAUCUGUGAAUCCCAGCAUGUCAUAGAGUCACUCAAAAUCAAAUCAAAUGUAUUUAUAUAGCCCUUCUUACAUCAGCUGAUAUCUCAAAGUGCUAUACAGAAACCCAGCCUAAAACCCCCAAACAGCAAGCAAUGCAGGUGUAGAAGCAAAAUAAAUAAACCAAGUCAUUUUAAGAGACAAAAUAUCUCUGUCCCUGGUUUGAUUCACAAGUCAAGUGUGCCUUUUGAAUGAGGUGUGUGUGUGUGUGUGUGUGUAGAAUAUGUGUAGUGGUCUCUUUUUGUGUCUGGUUACUUGAUAUAACCAGCACUGGGCUGACUGCUUCAGUCAACAUUAGGGGGAAAUUGCAUUGUAAACUUGAUCAGCUUUUACCUGGCAAUAAGGUGGUAGUGCAUUCCUAUGUUUUUUGAAGUGUAGCUGUAUUCUUUUAUAGGCAUUGAGUGGCUUUGUGGCUUCCUGCUGCUUAUCUGCCUUGUGGCAUCGUUGUACGGUCCUCUUAACACAACAAAAUAAAUGUGUUUGC